CCUCUGGUGCCUCGACCGGUAUGUCUGCUUCGCUCACCUGACAAGGACACACUUCCCCAAGCAUAUAAACUGACUGUGCCGACCCAAUUGACAGGCCAGCACGAGGCUGUCGAGCUCCGUGACGGUGACAAGUCCAAGUGGCUCGGCAAGGGUGUCACCAAGGCUGUCGACAACGUCAACAACGUCAUUGCUCCCGCUGUCAUCGAGAAGGGUCUCGAUGUCAAGGACCAGAGCGCCGUCGAUGCCUUCCUCAACGAGCUCGACGGUACCCCCAACAAGGGCAAGCUUGGUGCCAACGCCAUCCUCGGUGUCUCUCUGGCCAUUGCCAAGGCCGGUGCUGCCGAGAAGGGUGUCCCUCUCUACGCCCACGUCUCCGACCUCGCUGGCACCAAGAAGCCCUACGUCUUGCCCGUCCCCUUCAUGAACGUUCUCAACGGUGGCUCCCACGCCGGUGGCCGUCUUGCCUUCCAGGAGUUCAUGAUCGUUCCUUCCAAGGCCGCCUCUUUCACCGACGCCAUGCGCCAGGGUGCUGAGGUCUACCACAAGCUCAAGUCUCUGGCCAAGAAGAAGUACGGCCAGUCUGCCGGCAACGUCGGUGACGAGGGUGGUGUCGCCCCCGAUAUCCAGACUGCUGACGAGGCCCUCGAGCUCAUCACCGAGGCCAUCGAGGAGGCUGGCUACACUGGCCAGAUCAACAUCGCCAUGGAUGUUGCCUCCAGCGAGUUCUACAAGGAGGACGCCAAGAAGUACGACCUCGAUUUCAAGAACCCCGAGAGCGACCCCACCAAGUGGAUUACCUACGAGGAGCUCGCUGCCAUGUACAGCGACCUCGCCAAGAAGUACCCGAUCGUCUCCAUUGAGGACCCCUUCGCCGAGGACGACUGGGAGGCCUGGAGCUACUUCUACAAGACCCAGGGUGCCACUACCCAAAUCGUUGGUGACGACUUGACUGUCACCAACCCUCUCCGCAUCAAGCGGGCCAUCGAGCUCAAGUCUGCCAACGCUCUCCUGCUCAAGGUCAACCAGAUUGGUACCCUCACCGAGUCCAUUCAGGCCGCCAAGGACUCUUACGCCGACGGCUGGGGCGUCAUGGUCUCCCACCGCUCCGGCGAGACUGAGGAUGUCACCAUUGCUGACAUUGUCGUCGGUCUCCGUGCUGGCCAGAUCAAGACUGGUGCCCCUGCCCGCUCUGAGCGUCUUGCCAAGCUCAACCAGAUCCUGCGUAUCGAGGAGGAGCUCGGCAGCAACGCUGUCUAUGCUGGCGAGAGCUUCCGCACCGCUGUCAACAUGUAAAUCUGUGUCGAUUCGAACAAAAGCAGGAGUUUAAUGAUACCCCGGACAGGACCGGGUUAGGUUGGGUCUAAAACCACACGAGAAGCACACCAGCUCCGUGUCUAGCAGAAUUAUGACGAAUGAAUGAAACAAAUCAAAGCCCAUGUAAUUUUGGUCACCACGUGUGGA